AUGGCCGUUAUCCGAAUUCCUAUCAUCACUAUGCUUCUACCGACCAUCGUCUGCCUUUUCGUUGCUACCGCUUAUAGCAUCAAUAUCACCACUUCCAACGUCCUUACCCCAACCUUCCCAUCCAACACCUCCUCCUCCGCCAUCCUCACCCACGCGUUCGCUUCCAACACCACCAUCUUCGCGCCCCUCACAGCGCCUAUUUACCGUAAUGUUACUCCCGGCGACGUAUGGGUCUUCCCUAGCAGUGCGAACGACCUUGGUGCGAGGCAAGCCAGCAUCGCUGACACGGAAAAGCUUACAACUUGCAACAUCAAAUCCUCCGUCACCGGCUGCUGCCCCAGAGGCGAGGUCUGCGCCAUUCCUGACGGUGCAAUCUGCUACGAUCACACCUCGUCAAACUGCUCGAACCGGGCCUCCCCACCGCCGAAUUGCUGCCCCGCCCACAACCCCUUCUGUCGCGACUUCAAGCCGCGCGGAUGGGGCUGCUAUGGCGUCUCUACGACUGCGUCCUCUACUUCCACCGUACCGACCAUGACUGCGGCCGGCACUUCGAACAUCUUUGCGCCUCCUGCGAGCACGUCUCCGAGCGCGAUCUCUACGCAUACCAUGACGAUAUCCGUGGUCUCGGACGGGCACGGGGGUGUUUCUCUCGACUUUCCGACCAAGAGCGCUGCCGCAGGUUCAGAGGGUGGCGAGACGACGUACGUGCUGGACUGGCCGGCGAGUUCCGCAACUCCUAUCGCGGCCGGGACGAGCGGUCAACCCGUCGAGUCGACGUCGAAUACGGUGCUCUCGGCAGCAGUCGCAACGUCUACGGCAUCGUCUACGACCGCGCAGUCCACGUCGGCGAGCUCAUCCACAAUACCACCCCGCUCAUCGUCUCCACCCGCACUGUGCUACAACCCAGACGCUAACUCGCAUCCCCCCUGUCCCACCACGGCAACGCCCCCCGCUUCGUCCUCAACUUCCGGCGCAGGGUUCAACCCAUCCGGCGCUACGAUCGUCAGAUCGCAAGCGAGCAAGCUCCGCAUCCCUCUCCUCCACCCCCUCGACGACGACAACGACCACCAAUCCCAGCGCGGCAACACCGUCUUCCUCUUCCUCCCCCUCCUCGCCGCCUCCAUCCUCUACGUAACCUUCGGCCACUUCGUCAAGCGCUCCGAUGCCAACCGCGCGCAACUCGGAUCCGCUCUCCGCGCUCUCGGCUACGAUGACCCCCAGAUCGACGCCAUCCUCGCCGGACCCCGGACCGGUGUCGCCGAGCCCGGGACCGCGGAGAAGAAAGACAUCACCGUCGUGCGGGGGAGCGCGCGGCCCCUGCUGGCGCCCCGGGUGGUGUCCAAGGGGCAGAUCCGGGUGGUGAGGGGCAGUGCGAGGCCGUUUGUGCUGGGGAAGAGAGCGCAUUCGCUGUGGGAGGGGAUGAGGGGGGCGGGUGAUAAGGAGGACGGAGGGGAGGAGAGGGUAGAGGGAGAUGGUUCUGUGGGGAAGGGGGAGGAGGCUUGA